AUGCAGGUGCCCUCUAGGACCCCGCGGGUCGUGUCGCUGGCAGGCUGCCUCUUGCUGCUUCUGGGGCACGCCUGUCCCCAGGCGGUCAAGAAAGACAACCGAGAGAUCUGCUUGCAGCCACCACUUAAAGGACCCUGUCGAGCUCUUCAUGAAAGGUGGUUUUAUGACCGAUACACGCAGACUUGCAAGAACUUUAUCUAUGGUGGUUGUGAGGGGAACGCCAAUAACUUCCUAACUGAGGAAGAUUGUGAGAAAACUUGCUGGAUGAUCAGAAAAGUUCCUAAAAUAUGCCGACUGGAAUCUGAUGAAGGGCUAUGCAGAGCUUUAAUAUCGAAAUACUUCUUCAACCUAAGUUCAAUGGCCUGUGAGAAAUUUUACUACGGGGGAUGUCUUGGGAACGAGAACCGAUUUGACAGUGAAGAUUCCUGUAUGGACUACUGCCUGCCUCUGAACAAUGGACCUUCAUUUUGCUAUAGCCCUAAAGAUGAAGGAACGUGCUCAAGUUCAGUAACUCGCUUUUACUACAACAGAAAGACAAAAACCUGUGAAAAAUUCAGCUAUAGCGGAUGUGGUGGGAAUGAAAACAAUUUUGCAAGGAUGAAAGAUUGUAUCAAAGUCUGUAAGAAAGCAGGGAAAAAACCAAAACCCCGGACAUGAGGAAGAGGUGUUUUCAACAACAGUCUGAUGGAAUGUCACCUACUGUUUUUAUCUGAGGAAGCAACCCAAUGCUUCAACUUAAUUUAUAAUUUUGAUAAUAUAUAAUUUUCCUGUAUGAUCAGUUGUUGAUUGUUCCAAACCAGAUUCAGACCGGGCAAUUUUCAAGUAACCCAUUGUUCUGGAGUAGAUCUU